AUGGGAAAGCACGACGAAAGCCAGGAAGCCAAAUGGGCUGAGAAGAAGGCCAAGAAAGCUGAGAAGAAAGAGCAGAAACGUGCUGCAAAGGAAGCCAGGAAACGGAGAAAACAACUGAGAAAGGAGCUUCGACAACAGAAGCGAGAACAAGAACGAGAGGCCCGCAGACAAGAAAAGCAUUACAGCCAGUACGAACCGGAAGAAGAUGAUAUUUCUCCCAGGCAAAAUAGACGAGAAAGAAAUUUAUCGACCCCCAAACGCUUGGUCUUGCCAGAUUCGCCAGAGAAGAUGGCCAAAGCCAGCAGCGAUGUGUUCUUCAAGAAUCCAUUGAAGUAA